CGUACAUACAAACAUACAUACACUUCCAAGAAAAUUUAAGUUUUCUGAAUGUAUUUGAGACUGAUUUUGGUGGGCGGUUGACCAGCACGGGUACGUGACGUACUUUCAGUCAAUUUUUUACUCUCGCUGAAAGCUCACGCGCCAACUGCAGCAGGCAACACAAUAUCGUGUUGAAGGACUACAAGGUCAACUGAGGUGUCAGUGUUACGCGUACGUCUGAAGGAAUCGUUUUGAGUAGUAGAGAAAGUGAUAAUUCCCUGCGAGAAUGGCACAACUUAUAAAAAGCAUAAGAGGCACUAUUGUUUUGGGGCAAAAGCUGACGAGCCCAACUGUGACUAUUGCGACGGCGGGUCAGCGACGCUUGAGGAGCACACAAAGCGAUGCCUAUGAUUUGGUUGUUGUUGGCGGUGGUAUCGUAGGUGUCGCGUCAGCGCGUGAAAUAUUGUUACGACAUCCGCAUUUACGUAUUGGUCUACUAGAGAAAGAGCAUAAAUUAGCGGUGCAUCAAAGUGGACAUAAUUCUGGCGUUAUACAUGCUGGUAUUUACUACAAACCAGGUUCACUGAAAGCCAAAUUAUGCGUGGAGGGUAUGCAUUUGGCGUAUGACUUCUUGAACGAGAAGAAGAUUCCAUACAAAAAAGUGGGCAAACUGAUUGUGGCCACAAGUGAAGAUGAAGUAGAACGUUUGAUGGACUUGUAUGAGCGUGGUCAGAAAAAUUUAUGUCCCGAUCUGAAAUUGAUUGAUGGCAAAGAAAUAAAAGAGAUUGAACCAUAUUGUGAAGGCGUUAAAGCUAUACACAGUCCGCAUACUGGAAUUGUCGACUGGGGUCUAGUCACCGAAUACUAUGCGCAAGAUUUCAAACAAGCCGGCGGUGAUGUGCACCUCAAUUUUCAAGUCUCCAAAUUCUUAGAAACCACCGAUGGCGAUGCCAGUAAAUACCCGGUAACAAUACGUGGCGCACGCGGCUAUCAACAAGUGCGUACACGUUAUGUGCUAACCUGUGGCGGGCUGCAAUCGGACAAGUUAGCCGAAAUGACAGGCUGCCCACGCGAUCCUCGCAUUAUACCCUUCCGUGGUGAAUACCUGCUGCUCUCGAAGGAGAAACAACAUAUGGUGCGAGGCAAUAUUUAUCCUGUACCCGAUCCUAAUCUGCCAUUCUUGGGCGUGCAUUUCACACCACGCAUGGACGGCUCGGUUUGGCUGGGACCGAAUGCUGUGUUGGCCUUCAAGCGUGAAGGUUAUACUUAUGGUGAUAUAAACUUGCUGGAAUUAUUUGAUGCUGUGCGUCAUCCUGGUUUCAUGAAAAUGGCUAGCAGACAUUUAAAAUUCGGUUUAAGCGAAAUGAUGAAAUCAAUCUUUAUCAGAUUACAAACUAAGGAACUGCAAAAGUACAUACCACAAAUUAAUGAAUUUGACAUAAGCAAUGGUCCAGCUGGUGUACGUGCUCAGGCCAUGGACAGCUAUGGCAGCUUGGUGGAUGAUUUCGUAUUCGAUAAGGGAGAGGGAGAUAGUCCGUUGGCCAAACAGGUGCUGCAUUGCCGUAAUGCACCGUCACCGGGUGCGACCAGCAGUUUGGCUAUUGCCAAAAUGAUUGCCGAUAAACUUGAAAAGGAAUUCGAUAUAAAAUGCUAAGUCAUUAGUGUUGCCGAAGAACUUGCUUGCAGCAGCGUAUGCUAGGGUAAAUUAAAAUUUCUAGUUGAAUUGUAUGUGUUCCUUAUUUGUACUUGUCAUCAUGGUUAAAUAUUUUUAAACUUUUUUUGCACUUAUCGUAACGGUGCCUUAAAUG